AUGCUCCAACCUGGCUUAAGUAUUUGCUUCCGCGACUCGAACAGCCCGGAGGCCAGCUGGCCUCCACGAGAUGAGGCCAUGUGUCGAUUCGUAAAUUCGGUCAAGUAUUUAGGGGAAGAAAUGGCCGCUGCCCUUGUCGGGGCACUUUUUAAACAGGUCUACGAACGCCUUGGUCGUAAUCCAAAUGACGACCUUGAGACGCAAAUGUCUGCCUGGUCAUAUAAAUCUGUGUCGCGUGGGGUAUCGUUUGAGUCAGUUUUCGAGGUAGCUAAUCGGUCUCUUGCAACAAUGCCAGAUGACCUGGUGGCCCGAUGGCAGAGGAUUAUUGAGGAAAAAGACCUUGAUGAGAUCGAUGAAUGGUAUAAAGAGCUGUACUGA